AUGUUCAGAUUAUCAGCACGUAUGUUCUCCAGUGGGAGAAUAGUGGCUUCAAGUAUCAACAGCAGUUCUGGUGCUGCCUCUGCUCCGGCCAAAGCCCACCCUACUCUCGCUGCUAAGCAAUUCAUAUCACCAGAUGCCUCUAAAUCCAAGGCCAAAAUUUUGCGUAGAAAGGAAAAAAGAUUGAAGAAACAGAUCAUUAGAGAUGUGAACAACUACAAGAAACAACAAGCCAAGAACGUGCAGUUCCAGGUCGACCCAGUCUUGGGAGAAGUUGACAAUGGCUUUAUGAAUAGAAUCAAGAAGGAAGUCGAAAACCAUACCAAUCAUCUUGCCUACGGUUUCGAUCGUGUGGAAUUUGAAAAAUUACUCUACGGUGCCGAAAAGGCUGCUUUGGACAAGAGCAAAGGUACAGAAGUGUUGAACGAGUCUAUACGUCUUGCUGAAGAAAGAAAGAAGAGAGCGUUGUUAACCAUUCUCAACUUGAGAAACACAAACAAAAUGGAUAAGAAAAUAUUGGCUAUCAAGUUGGCCAGAGAAGAAUUCCAAAGACAAGAAGGUGACACUGCUUCUCCUGAAGUCCAGGCGGCUAUAUUGACAGUGAAGAUCCAUUUCGGUAUGGACCAUGUCAAAGAAUCCCCUAAGGACCACACCCAUACUGAGCAUGUUCGUCAAAUGGUGCAACACAGACAGAGAAUCUUGAAGUACUUAAAGAGAGAUAACCCAGAAAAGUAUUACUACACCAUUGCCAAAUUGGGCUUGACUGACGAUGUCAUCACUAGAGAAUUCAACAUGGGCAGACAAUACUUUCAAGACUUCAAGGUCUGGGGCGACAAGCAGUUGGUCAAACUCUCCGAUAAACAACAGUCUAAGGUCAACAAGAUCCACGACUUGCAAAAGAGAGUCUCUGAAUACAACGAUUUGGCUAGAAAGAACUACGACAUUCUUCAGAAAGAGCAAUCAGAGUAA